AUGUUAAGCAAGGGAACAAAAAAAAUAUAUAUUCUGAAUGGGGCACCGGGGUCAGGAAAAGACACUCAAUGUAGGUUACUUUCCAAAAAAUAUAAUUUCAAAAUAAUUACAAUAAGUGAAUUGUUAAAAGAACAUUUAAAAGAUAGUAAAGAAAGAAUCAGAGAUUCCUCUUCUUCUGAUCAAUGUGUAAAGGAAUUAACAGAGCAAGAAAAAAGAGAUUUGGAAUAUAUACAAAAGUCUUUUACAGAUGGUUCGUUCGUUCCCGAUGACAUAGUCAUAGGAAUUUUUUUGAAACAGCUGGAAAAGUAUACCCUUGGUGAAGAAGAAUGUGAAGGGAUAAUAAUUAAUGGGUUUCCUAGGACAUAUGAACAAGCUUUAUUAUUUAAAAAAAAUAAUAUUGAAAUUACAAAUUUUAUUAACAUGUCCGUUAGCAAAGAAUGUCUAUUGGAAAGAGUGAAUAACAGAAUAAGAGAUCCAAUCACAAAUGUUAACUAUAACAUAAAAAUAAUUGAAUUAAUUAAAAAAAAAAGGAAAAACAUUAAAUUACAUACAGAAGAGGAAUUAUUGUUGACGUCUCAAAAUGAAGAUUACAAAAAUAUAAAUGAUGAAAUUUUGAUGAGGUUAAAAAGAAGAGCAGAUGAUAACGAGAGUACAUUUAAUAAAAGAUAUGAUUUAUAUUUGCAAAAUGAGAAAAAAAUUAUUUCCUUAUUUUUCCAUGUGUGCAAAAAUAUCGACGGGGAAAAAUCUAUAGAAGGCAUUUUUGAGCAAAUAUGUGCAAUUAUUGAUCAGACAAUUUUACAUAAGAGGGGUAACGAGGGCACCAAAAAGUGA